AUGCUCCCCACAAAUAGAAGCAAUGACGCCACACAGCGGAAGGAUGCAUUGGGCGCGCUUAGGGAGAGUAAUUUCACGAGCUCGUUGCGGAUGAACGACUCGCUCCAGCGUUCGUGGCGCCCGUGGCCGGGUCUACAAGCAUUUGAGACGCUAUUCGAAAAAAUUGACAGUGACAGUGAUGGGCUUAUCUCUUGGGAUGACGUGCUGCAGCUGGCCGUGGAGGAGGCCACCCAAAGUAUCACCGUCAUGACGGAAGGGGCGCGUUCAUAUUUUCUUUCCCGCGUUUCCCCACGGACGCGUCUCGUCCAGACGGUGCAUACACUUCCUGAACACAAGUCCAUGUUUGCCGUCGUGUCACGAGCAGAGCCUCUCGUGUUGCUAAGUAAGAAAGACUUUAGUGUGGUGAAGGAGUUUAGCAUGAAGGAUCUUGGCAACAAUCACCCUCGACUCGUCGAAUACAUGCCAAUUGUAGAUGUCCUACUCGCCUAUACAAUAAAUGAUAAGACCGUACGCGGCUGGUGGAACGUCGUUUCCAAGAAUCGUAUGGGAACAUUUUCUCCAUUGUAUAUAGGGGACUCAGUAAGGCGCAUUCGCACGCAACAAAAUAUUUUUCCGUACUCCUUCUUUACUUGCGGCAGCCACGGGAAUGUGGUACGUUGGCAAGUGCCCAAGCAAAGAUCUGUACAAGAGAUAUCCCGGGCACAUUCCUAUGAGGCCCUUCAUUCCCCUGAGUCCGGCGGCAUCACAGACUUUGCGCUUACGGAUGAGUCUAUUUUCUCUACAGGGUUUGAUCGUCGUCUGCUUUCAACAAACCUUGAAACAGGACGUUCGAUUCUUAUUGGACUUCCGCAUGACACGAUUCGGUUUGUAGAGUACAACAGGAAUUACGCCUGCUUGCCUACGGUGUCGUAUUCAAAUCGCGUUUUACUCUGGGAUGUGCGGUCGUCCGCGGUGAUGCCUGGCGUCAGUUUCGGGAACGGGGGGACAAAGCCACACACCGCCGAUGUCAUUGGACUCUGCAGCGCCCCGGGUUUACCGCAAAUAAUUACCUGCGAUAGUGCAGGGUUGAUGAAAGUGUGGGAUCUACGCACCCUUCAGUGUUCUCAGACAUUGUACGCUGAUGGAAGUGCGCUGGACGAGGUAAAUGUUGAUUGUGUUUGCGACGAUAAAGCAAGUAAUCUCAAUGGCGAGUCUUUCGCGUUCCGAAAUGUACGCAAAGGUGAUACGCACAGCAUUCGUUCCUUUGGUGCCUUUCCGCAUACGCAAGAAGUUGUGUGUGGCUCCGCUGGCGCCAUUUACUGUCUUCGAUACAAUCAUCGCUGCGAGGGUCACAUUGCCGACGUGGAGUGCGUGCAGUCUGCCUUCUAUGACCCACGCCAGGGCACGAUACUUCUUCAGGGAGCGGCGCGUACAUCAGUUUGGGAUGCCGCAGAAGGCUUCCGCAGGCGUGUGUUUGACCGCGCCAUUCAUGCCAAUACACCAUAUUGGCGUCAAGAGGUUUUCGCCGUCUGCCUCGACUACCCGCGGAACCGUCUCUUCUUUGCUAUAUCAGGAGGCGUGGUGGAGCUGCGCUCCUCCAAGGAUUUCGCCGUUUUGGAAACCUUUUCAAUGCAUAAGGCCAACGCACAGGCGAUGCUCUAUAGUACCAAGCACCGGCUGCUUGUAAGCAUUGCAGUCAACGGCUCGCUCACCCUUCGACAAGAAAUGGAUUCUGAGCUUUCCGUUUCUACCAUUGGACUCUCCACCAACCCCUUGCGCGCUCUAUCGCUGAGUGAGGAGGCAGGCAUAAUUGUUUGCUGCGACGAGCGCGCGCUCUUCUUUUUGGAUUACAAACAGACAAAGUUGUGCCACGUGACGGUUGCGCUGACUUGUCCGCUGCGUACGACAGCUGUGCUUGGCACCUUCCCCGUGGUGGCCACGAGCAGCAACGACGGCGAGCUCACCCUGUGGUCGAUGCCGCCCGCAGAAGAAAGUUACACGCCGUUGGUAUCCUUUUUUUUUGGACGGUCCUCGUCGGAGCUUGGACGCAGCGGAACGGAAAUGCGUGUUCCUCUUCUUGGCUCCCCGUCGCUUGCUCGUCAGCAGGUUGGCCGCGUCUCAUCGCCAACUUCCCAUGUAGUCUGCGUAGCAGAACCCUGCGAGGAGUCUGCCAACGGCAAGCCUGCUGCGUCCCCGGCAAUUUUAGGGAAAAGGGAGAAGAAAAAGUCGGGUUUUACUGACUUGCUUGAUAUCAUUGCCGCAGAUGACAGGGCAAAUGGGGCAUCCACUGCGAUUUCCUUUGAUGAUGUUUCGCAUCGCCUUUUUUUGGCGGACCAAAAGGGAAGGUUGUUUAUAUAUUCUUGUUGCAAUUUCCUGCAAGAAUUUGGCAUUCGGCAUUGCUCCUUUGAGAACCGGACGAGAUAUCAGCUUCAGGGCAUGGGUAAAGGUUUUCAGACGUCGCAGGUGCCGAUUUUCCUUCAAGUGGUUUCGGUGCACAAAGGUCCUACAACAUUCAUGGCCUGGUUCCCUGAGAUAAGCGCUGUUAUCUCCUGCGGCAGUGACUACCUGGUGAAGAUCCUUGACCGGGAUGGAACCACAACAGGCGAGCUUGUGAUGGAUCGGCUUCCACCGAAACUGCUCUCAGAGGAAGUGGAUGGACUAGGGACUAGGAUUCCUACAGAGAAAAAAACCGAGACUUCCCUGAUGUCUUUUGCUCUACCGUACCCACUUUCCACCUCGGCACCGUGCCUGGAAUGCGCCCGAAUUGAAAAAGAACUGCGAAAUCGUCGAUACUCCUCGAUGGUGGAGACGCACGAAGAGCCGCCGCAACUGCCCGCGGUGAACAGGUGCCAAGUUGAUAGUGCCGUGUCAUUGGGCAAAAGGGAUCCUUCGUUGGCGAAAGAGGGUGCUUUUCUGGUGUCAGCGGCUGAAGACGCGAACGAGAUCCAAAGCAAGGAACUCUCUUUGCCCUCUCCAGUCAGCGAUCGGCUGGUGGCGCUCGAAGAAAAAAAACAAUGGCGCCCGCUAAGGGAAGAAGCACGCGCCUUUCGGGAGAAGGAAUACGAUUUAACAACGCGGCCAACGUGCGCUGCUGGAGACGCAGUGGCAGACCAAGACGCGGCUGUGCGACGAAGCCACCCAACUUCUGCAGAGCCGAAAGCGCCCCCAGAUGCAUGGUGGAAGCCUCUGAGUUUGCCAACCACCACCCCUGCCACGCCAAAGGAGCAGGUCAGGGCUCCCGUGUGUCCGCAUAAUAAUAAUGUUAACAAUACCAAAAAUAUUACUAAUAGCGGUGGUGGUUGCAGAAAUACACCGAGUCCCGCAGCCGCAUUGGGCGGAGGGUUAUCUCUUUCGGGCAUAUCAGUGUCCCCACCCAGGCUGGCCCCGACGAAACCGCCGGAGGUUGCAGUGGUGGUAAACUCAGGGCUGCCUCUGGAGGCAAUGCAGAAGGAAAGGCGAGGGAGGGGAAGAGGGUUUCUGAGGAUGAGGGAGAAGAAGACACGUGCCGCUAUAACAGCGAGCCGUCCCGUGAAUACAACCGAAGCUGGGAACGAAGAAGGCGCAGAGCCCUUCUUGGAUAGUGUUCUGCGCAAAUAUGAAAAGGAGCUGCAUCGUUGCGUCCGUGGCCGGGGUGGAAUGGAACGACUUUUCCAUAAAACGCCUACUGCAAGGUUAUCCAACUCAACAGCUACUCGCUACGCUACUCUUUGA